AUGGAGGCUUCGAGUGCUGAAACUCCUUUCAAUGCCAUUGCACCUCCUGUGUUCAAUGGAGAAAAUUAUAAAGUUUGGGCAAUCAGAAUGGAGGCUUACCUGGAUGCAAAUGAUCUCUGGGAGGCUGUUGAGGAAGACUACCAAGUGCUUCCACUACCCGACAAUCCUACAAUGGCUCAAAUGAAGAGUUUCAAAGAAAGGAAGGCAAGGAAGUCCAAGGCCAAAAACUGCUUGUUUGCUGCAGUUUCAUCCUCAAUUUUCACCAAAAUCAUGUCCUUGAAAACAGCCUUUGAUAUAUGGAACUAUCUCAAGAAGGAGUACGAGGGAAAUGAGAAGAUCAAAGGAAUGCAAGUGCUGAAUCUGGUUAGAGAAUUUGAGAUGCAGAAAAUGAAGGAAUCUGAAACUAUUAAAGAGUAUUCAGAUAGACUUCUCAAUAUCGUAAACAAGGUACGAUUAUUUGGUACUGAAUUUGCUGAUACAAGAAUAGUUCAAAAAAUUCUUGUUACUGUCCCUGAAAGAUUUGAAGCUACCAUCUCUUCUUUGGAAAAUACUAAGGAUCUAUCAAAGAUUGGCUUGGCAGAAUUGAUACAUGCUUUGCAGGCUCAAGAACAGAGAAGGUUCAUGAGAAGUUAA